CACGGGUUCUUUUGAUUUGUGCGGUUAUCAAUGAGCUGAGUAGGCGUCAAUCCGAAGUGUGGCCCUGCGAACUAAACGACCAUAAGGAUAAUAAACGGAUCUAGCGUACUAGAUCGAUGGACUGUUUUUGACUAAGAACUGGAAAUUGAGUGCACAGUGACAUUCUUACUGAAUAUUGUGAACAAACGGACAAGUGUGACAGUGUUUCUGUGUGCAGUUGAGGAUUUAUUUCUUGGAAUCGCUACCACGCUGCCACCGUACAGGACCGGUAGCAGUCGGUUGCUCCCUUCGACGGGACAUUACCGAGAAUGAGGAGGACGUUUAAUAUAAGCUCGUUAGGCGUAUUAUUGCUCGUUCAGAUAACUGCCGUACUGUCCCAGCAACUCGCGCAGACCAGCAGCAAUGACAAUGCGUUGGUACCAACGGGCAGGAAAUAUCCACGGCAGGCCAACGGUGCCGCGCCCAGAUAUGAUCACACUCACAUCGAAACCAUCGACGUUACCUGUGACCAGAAGAGUGGAAUGCUGGUAACGAUUGAGUUCGAAGCAGACUUUCAGGGAGUUAUCUACAGCCAGGGUUAUUACAACGAUCCGAGCUGUCGAUAUGUUACCGCUGGCAAGGGAGGGCGAUCGUUUUCUUUCACGGUGCCAUUCUCCGGAUGUGGUAGCAAACCGUCGUGUUCCGUUUGCUCGUCGGUUGACAAUGUUCUAGUGAUACAGAGUGACGAAGACGUCCAGGAAGCAUGGGAUACGGCAAGACGAAUUUCGUGCAGUCAAAUUGAACAACAACAGAACACAAUUUUUUUCAAACCUUUCGUGGUAGACAUGUUGGAAGUGGUGAAUGUACCAACUGCCACAGGAGGCGUUGAAUGUUGGAUGGACAUUCAGCGUGGAUCGUAUCCCAACGUCUCACCCAUUCCAAGUAUUAUAAAAAUUGGUGAAGCUCUUAGUAUUUUAGUCUACUUAAGAGAUCCAAAUGGCGAAUACGAUGUAUCUGUGAAGGACUGCUAUGCUUAUGAUAGUCCUCAUUACGAUGCUUCAGGUACCAGACGGUUACAGCUUUCUGAUAAAAAUGGUUGUUCACGAAAGAAAAAACUGUUUGGACUCUGGGAAAAGACGACACAGACGGGUAGCACAGGAGCUACACUUAUAUUGCACAACAAUAUAAAAGCUUUCAAGUUUCCUGACAAAAUGCAAGUAUUUUUGAAAUGCGACAUAGAAAUUUGCAGAGGAGGGUGUGGUCCUCAAGUAUGCGAGAUUGAAGAACUAGCUCAGGCUGUAGAUAAAACUACAACGACGCGUCGACCGGCUCCGAUUACUACAGUUGCACCACGUAGAGGUACAAGGCCUCCUCAAAAUCUUCCGGCGUCUGUUCCAACUAGAGGCCGAAGGCCAAUAUCUUCAACGCAACCAUCCAUAUCAAUAACUCGGGAAAUCGAAACAACUCAACCAGCUCAACGUCGUACGAGACCAACUCGGCCGGUUACUUCUGCUCCUGCAUAUCAACCUACGACUACGUCCGCCCCACGGCGUCGAACACGUCCACCAACUUCACCUACUACCAUCGCAACAACUACCGAGUUUGUUUGCCAGCCAGGUUCAACUGAUUAUCGUUGCAAUAUUAUUGUUGUACCUGAUGAACCUGUAUGUGGGCGUGGAUCCCGAGAUCCUCGUUGCCGUCAACGUCCUACGCAACCUCCAGCUACCACUGCGGCUCCCCUUCGCUGUUUCCCUGGAUCUAGAGAUCCACGUUGCCCCGUAGAACUCCCUGAAACAACAUCUGCACCACUCAAAUGUUUCCCUGGAUCAACUGAUCCUCGUUGUCCUAGACCCGUACCGGAAACAACACCAGCACCUCUCAAUUGUUUCCCUGGAUCAACUGAUGCUAGGUGUCCGACCACUUUCCGUCCAACUGGAAGAGGUACGCGUCCGACCGGCAGAGGAACUCGGCCACCCCGACCACCAACUGAAGCUCCAACUUAUUUACCUCCUGUUGAUAACCAAAGAACAACUUCAGCACCUAGAUGCUAUCCAGGAUCAACUGAUCCAUCAUGUCCACGACCGGUAGAAAUAUCUACCACUCCUCCAUGUUUCCCUGGUUCCAAUGAUCCAAGAUGUCGCACACCAGUACUCCGAUGUAGUAUAGAUUCCACGGAUCCUCGAUGUCCAGGAGUUUCAAGGCCUGAACAACCAAGAACACGCCCUCCUGCGCCACCUACAACCGCUGCACCUAGAUGUUACCCAGGAUCAACUGACCCUCGUUGUCCACAAUCGUCUACCCCGCCGCCACCUACCACAACAACACCUCGACUAACUUCACCAUCCACCACAGUUGGCCCUAGAUGCUAUCCAGGAUCCACUGAUCUGAGAUGUCCACAAACUACACCUAGACCAACGACACCAGCUCCACUUAGAUGUUUCCCAGGGAGCGAAGAUCCAAGGUGCCCACAAACUACAACUUCUAGACCUGUACCAACAAGCACACCAGGGCCUAGAUGCUAUCCGGGUUCUACCGAUAUACGCUGUCCAGCCGCCACCACAACUUCAGCGCCAGCUACAUACCUUCCACCUGUUCCGCCAACAACUACACCUCGUCCUGUACCAACUACUUCGCGCUGUUAUCCGGGCUCCAGCGAUCCACGGUGUCCACAGCCAACAUCAACUACUUCAGUCCCACGAUGUUAUCCUGGUUCCAGUGAUCCUCGAUGUCCUCAACCACCACCUACCACGGCAGCCCCACGUUGUUAUCCGGGCUCCUCCGAUCCCCGGUGUCCCCAGCCACCACCUACUACAGCAUCCCCACGUUGUUAUCCUGGUUCUAGUGAUCCUCGAUGUCCUCAACCACCACCUACCACGGCAGCCCCACGCUGUUAUCCGGGCUCCACCGAUCCUCGGUGUCCCCAGCCACCACCAACCACAGCAGCUCCACGAUGUUAUCCAGGAUCCAGUGAUCCACGAUGCCCACAGCCACCAACUACCACAGCAGCUCCACGCUGUUAUCCUGGUUCUACCGAUCCACGGUGUCCCCAGCCACCACCAACCACAGCAGCUCCACGAUGUUAUCCAGGAUCCAGUGAUCCACGGUGUCCACAGCCACCACCUACCACAGCUGCCCCACGCUGUUAUCCAGGUUCCAAUGAUCCUCGGUGUCCCCAGCCACCACCAACUACAGCUGCUCCACGAUGUUAUCCAGGAUCAAGCGAUCCUCAGUGCCCUCAACCAUCUACAACGGCAGCUCCACGUUGCUAUCCAGGGUCAUCUGAUCCAAGAUGUCCCCAAACUACCACUUUGCGAACUGUUCCUACAACUACCCCAGCUCCCAGAUGUUAUCCAGGCUCAACAGAUCCCCGUUGUCCAACACCACCAACAACAACGCAAGCACCGCGAUGCUACCCUGGUUCAACCGAUAUUAGAUGCCCUCAAACAACAACUCCUGCUCCAUUACGUUGCUAUCCUGGUAGUAGUGAUCCACGUUGUCCUCAGACAACUACUUUACGACCGCAGCCCUCAACAACUGCAGCUGCGAGAUGUUAUCCAGGAUCGAGUGACCCUCGGUGCCCUGUCGUGCCCACUAGUACUCAAGCUCCUCUCUGUUAUCCAGGUUCUACAGAUGCAAGGUGUCCACAAACCAGUCCCGCUCCAAAAUGUUAUCCAGGAUCGACUGAUCCACGUUGCCCCACUACACCAAGACCAACACCGUCUACCACUCCGGCUUGUUAUCCAGGUUCAAGUGAUCCAAGAUGUCCAACUACUCCACGGCCGACUUCACCCACAACACCAGCUCUUCGCUGUUAUCCAGGAUCAACUGAUCUUAGAUGUCCACAAACUACAUCAGCUCCAACAUACCUUCCUCCGACGCAACAACCUACAACUACCGCAGCACCGUCAUGCUUUCCAGGUUCAUCUGAUCCGCGAUGUCCAAAAGUUCCACCGACAACUGCUGCACCUCGGUGUUAUCCAGGUUCACCAGACCUUCGUUGCCCUCAAACAACUCCUCGACCAACAAGUCCGCCAGCCCCACGCUGUUUUCCGGGUAGCACCGAUCCAAGGUGUCCUACGACUACACAGCGGCCUGUACCUACAACUACAGCAGGUCCGAAUUGCUAUCCGGGGUCAUUUGACCCUAGAUGCCCGUCGACACCAAAACCGACGACAACCCCAGCAGCUAGAUGUUAUCCAGGUUCAACCGAUAUACGAUGCACUACAACAUCUAGACCAGUUCCAACUACAACUCCUGUUGCACGAUGCUACCCAGGAUCCACUGAUCCAAGAUGUCCCACUACACCACGCUCAAUACCAACGACCACUGCUGCUCCAAAGUGUUAUCCAGGAUCCAACGACGUACGUUGCCCUGCGUCGCCUCCGACAACCACCCCUGUUCUACGCUGCUAUCCUGGCUCUAAUGACCCACGAUGCCCCACAACUCCGAGACCGGUGUCAACUACCACUUCAGCUCCUCAAACUACAACAACCCGGCCAGUGCAAACAACCCCAGCACUGCGGUGCUAUCCGGGAUCACCGGAUAUUCGUUGUCCAACAACUCCUCGAGCAACCACGCAGGCUGCUACGUACCUGCCACCGGUAUCAAAACCACAAACUACAUCAGCUCCAAGAUGUUAUCCAGGCUCUACUGAUUCUCGUUGUGCUGUACAAACCACUGCAAAACCAAAUUGCUACCCGGGCAGCACUAACCCCCUUUGCCCUAGGCCCGUAAGCACUACUCCUCGUCCGGCACCAACAACUACUCCAGGACCACGAUGUUAUCCAGGAUCUUCUGAUCCAAGGUGUCCGACGACACCGAGAUCGAUUCCAUCAUCACCAGCUCAACCUAAUUGUUAUCCAGGUUCGCUGGAUUCUCGUUGUCCUCGACCAGUAUCAACAACUCCUGCGUUACGUUGCUUCCCUGGUUCAACGGACCCAAGAUGCCCAACGACGCCUCGACCGGCACCAAGUACAACGGCUGCUCCAAAAUGUUAUCCAGGUUCUACAGAUCCUCGAUGUCCAACAGCUCCAAGACCGGUGACUACAACUCAACGACCAGUUCCUACGACUUCUGCGGCUCCGAACUGCUACCCAGGAUCAAAUGAUCUACGUUGCCCACGACCGGUAUCUACAACGCCUGCUUUGCGCUGUUAUCCAGGAUCGAAUGAUCCACGUUGUCCAACGACACCGCGAGCACCGACAACCACUCCCAGACCGGUUCCGACCACAACAGCUGGUCAACGUUGUUAUCCUGGAUCUACAGAUCCGCGCUGCACAACAACGCCUCGUCCAACUUCCCCAACUAUCCCAGCACUCAGAUGUUAUCCUGGAUCACCAGACCCACGAUGUCCAACCACCGCUCGGCCAACCACAACUACUCGUCAGUCGUGUUAUCCAGGAUCUCCAGAUCCAGCCUGUCCAAGGGCUUUCUCAACCACUACUCCUUCAUCUUGCUAUCCAGGGUCAACGGAUCCUAACUGCCCUCAACCGUACCGACCUAGCAGUACCAAUCCUCCUGCCACCUACCUUCCUCCACUGCCAGCUGGAUUGCGACUCGUUCGUCAUUUGAGCGAAAAUACACUGAAUGAAAUUAAUGCUCUAGCCGAACAAGCAGAGCCUGUUCCAGUUGAAGAAGUUUUCGUAGAAGAUGAACGAAGUAUAGCACUGGAGCGAAGUAAACGAGACUUGUCAGAAACGGCCAAGGAAAUAAUUUCGAUCACACUGAGCGUCAAAGGAUUCCAGUUUGCUCCACGCUAAUUUUUAGAGGCCUGGUAGACAAUAUCUGAAAAUACUCUCAAUAACCACAACUUUCACUUUUGAGCUGGUGUAUAAAUACUCUAAAAAGCGUUAGAGUGACGACUUGUGUUCAAUGACAUGGACGAUUGAAAGCAUGCUGGUGAAUCAAAAUUAUUUGUCGAAUACUCAAUGGUGAUUGUGGUUUCACCAGAAAAUGUUUCAGAACUGUACAUAAUACUAAGCAAAACCAACAUAACGUAGUAAUUGUUGUUGUUUUGGUUGUUGUAAAUAAAACGAAAUAUUCUAAGCCUAGAGAUAUUUUCGUCGUUGAA